AUGCAGCAGAUUGUGGAUGAGUUCGCAUACAGUCCCUCGAGCAUUGCUGCAAGAAUCCAGCACAGCCCGCACAUUCAGCAGAUCUGGAUGAAAUUUUGCGGCGAGCUGGAUUCAUGUCCGGUGAAGAGCAAGGCCAUCAAGUCACUCAGCGUGGCAAAACACCGGUUCGCCAGCAUCGCACAGCCUUUGGGCAGGGGCAUGUUGUACUUCGAGGCCCUUUUAAACACUGCCCUCUGGAUCUCCAUUCAUCGCCGCACGCAGGAGGAGGGGGCGCAGGCCUCCCGGUGGCUCGGCGAUCUCAGCGAGGAGAAAAUCCUCCUGGCGGCGAUGGCGGCCGAUGCUGCCGACGAGACUCUAUGUCUUCUACGACAUUUUGACUGUGAAAGUCAUGACCUGGCAGAGUCGUGCUUGGCAGUUAGCACUUUCCUGUCGCGCCUACACUACCUCUUCACCGAGGGCCAUAUCUUCGAAGUCCCGGGCUACACUUGCCACAUCCUGAAGGUUCUGGACACGAGCCACGGUUUCUUGCUGCCAGGCGGGGAGCCCAAGACGAUCGGAGGGCCCAACAAAAUCCAGGCAGCCACUCGCAACAACUGCCUUCGGGAGCUGCGGGCAUAUGUUGUGCUAGCGGCGGAGACUCUGAGGACAGAAUUUCCAGACUAUGAAGUUCUGUCGGCUUUGCAGAUCUUCCGCUUGGGGGAUGGCAACCCCGCAGCUUUGGUGGAGGCGGCCACGUCAAAGACAAUGCGGCGUUUGAGCGAGGCAGUCGGUGUGGAGCUGCAAUCGCUGCUUGACGAGAUGCUGGACCACUACCCCAUUGCCCGGCAGUUGCAGGUGUCCAGGAAGCUUGACAAUUUGCAAGCGUGGACUGCCGCUGUGCUGCGCACACAGGCACGACCAAGUCUCCGCUCGCAGCACCCCUGCUCGAACCUGAAAGCUGCCUUGUUCCGCUACGGGGCGUUUCAAGGUGCUGGGACAGGCGGCAUUGAGCAGCAUUUCUCCCGAGUUCUGAAGUCGACCGGAUCUGCGCGUGGGCACAUGGGCCAUCAGCUCCGUUUUGACGAAGCUAAAAUCCUGGCAGACGGACAUCAGGAUGAGCAGGAGUUGGUCUUUCAACUGGCUCAGGCACACUGGCUAACACUGCAGGGGCCAGCCAGGCGGAGCCCAACAGAGCCACGCCUUGACAAGGGCAUCAAGAAGCGACCUGCAAAUGAGGACUCCGAGCAAGCGUUCCUGCGGAAGAGAAGGCAAACUGCAGCUCCCCUAGUGGACACCGACGAAGUGCUAGAGGCAGCCGUGCUGGGGGCUGAAGAUGCCCUGCUCACGGACGCGAUGGCCGAGGAGUUGGAUUUCCAGCUGGUGAAGCGGUACCGCAACAUGGCAAUGGCCCACUUGGCCGGGGCAGUGUCGCAGGCAGACGUUCCUGAGGGUUUGCUUGAGGUGGCCGAGGCUAUGAAGCUGCUGCAGGAUGAGCACCAGUCCAAGCGACAGCAGGAACGGGCAAAGCACCAUGCCAUCAUGGAUCCUCUGCCUCCGAAGAUUCAGAGCCCUGGAAGCGAGGUUUGGCUGGAGCAGGCAUCUUGGUCCGUGCAUCUACGUGGCCUCCAGCCGCAGCCUGCAUUGCAUCACGCGAAUCUCUUCGUCGUGACGGAUGCUGCCAGGGCUCCGGAUGGUGCUCGCUGGAGCUGCCUCUUGAACGGCGGCAGCCUCGUCGACGUCGUCUUUUUGACGUCGAACGGGGCAUCUGGCGUGGCGUUCAGCUUCGAGGCCGCCACCUGCAUUCGACGACACGUCUUUGUCUCGCCGGAAUUCCGGACGGCGGAGCCUGCUCUUGCCGACGUGGUGGACAGGGCCGUCGGGAAGCAGGCCUCGAAGUGGAAGCCUCUCACGAGCUGGGACGAGUUCGCGACCACUUAUGAGAGGCUCCAGCGCACGCCAAAGCAGGUGCUUGCGCUUGCCACUGACAAUGUCAAGCAAGCGCUUGAAAUGGACAGCGUGAUGUGCAAGGUUGAAUUCGAGGCCUUCGUACGACGCAUUUCGUGUACGAAGCGUGGAAUGUGUGGGCGGUAG